CUCUUCUUGUCUUCUCCAGAAGUUCCCCGUGGCAGCACUAGCUUUUCUACCACAUCAUGUGUGCCCUUUGUUCCCUCCUGCUCUUUCUCACUGUUACUUUCCCCAGAAGCUGAUUCCAUUUCCUCUGUCAAGGCCUCUAGCUUCCCCUUCCCACCAUUUAACUUUCCAUUAUCAUCAACCUUCAUCUCAGCUGGAAUGUCUUCAAUCAUGGAGAAUUGGUUCAUCUCUAGAGUCCCUCUAGCUUCUGGACUAUCUCUGGGAGCAUCUCGAAUCACAUUCAUACAUACACUUAAC